GGUGGGAGUGUUGGUGCCACCCUUCCUCUGAAAGUUAGGUGCAAGCACAGGUGAGAGUAAGAAAGUUGUUCCUGGGCUACAGGGAGGGAAAGGGUACUGGCCCCCACUGCCCCCCUACUUAGCUGGACAAUGAGUCCUCUUAUGCUAAUGAGCGCUUACGUCACUUCCGCUCUUUCUCGGCCGCCAUUUUGGCUAGGGCAGGUUCGGGAACUCGCUCUGAGACGCUUGUAUUGUCUGCUGAGGGGAGACGCGGGAUCAGCCCCCUCCCCCGCCCGUUGCCGCCACCGCCUCCGCCGGCCCGGUCUCCCCUCCGCCGCCCGCCGGGAUCCAUGAGCUGAAUUCCCGCCCCCCCCACAAGGCCGCCGCCAUCUUGUGCCCCCUCCCCCUCCCGCAGGCAGCGCUAAGGGGGAUUUUGGCGUCUCCUCAGACACAGCUCCCUCUCUCGGCCCCGGCUGCUGAGGAGCUACAGGAGCGCGGCCGCCGCCGCCCGCCCGCCCGCGCCGGUGAAGCCGCCUCGCGCACACCCUCCGUCUCCUCCCUCCGCCCCUCCUUUGUCUGCACCGCUCGACGACGCUGCCGCCGCCGCCGCCACCGCCUGCGCGGGGACUGGAGGGAGCCGCUCGCGCCGCCGCUGCCGCCGCCCGCCGCUCUGCUGCGCCCGCCGCGCCCCCCGGCAGCAGCCGCGGCCGCGGCGCGAGCCGGAGUCCGCCGAGACCCCCGAACCGGCGCCCGCCGAGGCCCCGGGCGCGCCCUCGCCACCGCCGUGCCGCCGCCCGCCCGCCGCCGCCGCCCGGCCCCCGAGCACGCCGGCCCCGCGCGCGCCUCGAGGCCGACUGAAGGUGGCCUAGUGUUUAUGCCCUGAACUACCACUUUGACGAUCUGGAUUCCAUGCCUGCCUUGUUCUUUGGAACACAUUGUCAGGUCACACCAGUGGAUAUAUUUACUUGGAAGUUGGAAACUGCAGCCACAGGGAACUCAGAGACUUCUUCCUCCUUUAUCAUUACCAAAGCCAACACUUCCAAAAUGGUGACUUAACCUCACUCCUCCAGGAAUCCACUGGAGCUGAUUACACUAGUGGGUUCUGAACAGAGAAAUUGCAACUUAUAUCUCAACAGUUACUGAGCUUCUAAACACUUGAAAGAUUCUCUGCUCUGAACAGGCUCUUCCAUGAACGCGUAUUUGCUACCAACAGUUGACAGUUGUUGGUACUCUCAGUUACAAAUAACUGAAUAGAUAUAUCAAGAUUAAUUUGCAAGCUUAGUUGGGUAUAUUCAGAUAGCCAUUUGGUCCUUAUUUCAUUGAGCAUUUGCCACCAGAUAACAUUGUCAGUGAAAAGGAGGCAGCUUGAUUAAAACAGUCCCUUAGAAACUGACUAUACUGCUUUUGUAAUUUUUUUAGUAAACAGAAUCAGAUAGUAAAUCUAAAAUAGUAUUUUUAACUUUGAGUACUGUUUAGUAUUAGAUAAGCUGAUCCAAUUUUGACUUGUAUUUGUUCUUCAGAAGUUAGUCAAGUUUUUUAAGUGAGUAAUUUGAAGACAGCUUAUUUGGGAGUAUGUGGAGGUGAAGUUUACAAAGGUGUUUUUGUUUGGUUUAGCAAAUUAUGCAUAAGAUAGUGUUAAAAACUGAUGUCCUUAGUACCAAUAGCUAUUCUCCCCUACUUAGGAAAACUUUCUCCGAGUCCUUAGAAAGUCCAUAUCUUACAGAGUUUCAAAGAUUUCCUAGCUUUGACUCUCAAGUAAAAAAAAAAAAAAAAAAAAAAAAAAAGGUUAAACAAUAAGCAUAAAGACUGGGAUUUGGAUGAACUGUGAAGAAAGAUUGCUAACAGCUUCACUUGGAGUGUAGGGAAUAGGUAUUAGAUACUAAAGUAGUCUCUCUCUUUUUUUUUAAGAUUUUAUUUAUUUAUUAAUGAGGAAGAUAGGAGAGAAAGUACCAGACAUCACUCUGUUUUGCAAAGCCUCGCAGUAUUAGGCCUGAAGCAAAUGCUGUAUUUUGCUGAUGAAACUAUGUUCCAACUUCCUGUCAACAAUCUUGGCAGUUUAAGGAAAGCCCGGAAAACUGUGAAAAAAAUACUUAGUGACAUUGGGUUGGAAUACUGUAAAGAACACAUAGAAGAUUUUAAACAGUUUGAACCUAAUGACUUUUAUUUGAAAAACACUACAUGGGAAGAUGUAGGACUAUGGGACCCUUCACUUACAAAAAACCAGGACUAUCGGACAAAACCUUUUUGCUGCAGUGCUUGUCCAUUUUCUUCAAAAUUCUUCUCUGCCUACAAAAGUCAUUUUCGGAAUGUCCAUAGUGAAGACUUUGAAAAUAGGAUUCUACUUAAUUGUCCCUACUGUACUUUCAAUGCAGACAAAAAAACUUUGGAAACACACAUUAAAAUAUUUCAUGCUCCAAACACCAGCGCACCAAGUAGCAGCCUCAGCACUUUUAAAGAUAAAAGCAAAAAUGAUGGCCUUAAACCUAAGCAGGCUGACAGUGUAGAGCAAGCUGUAUAUUACUGUAAGAAGUGCACUUACCGAGAUCCUCUUUACGAAAUAGUUAGGAAGCACAUUUACAGGGAACAUUUUCAGCAUGUGGCAGCACCUUAUAUAGCAAAGGCAGGAGAAAAAUCACUCAAUGGUGCAGUCCCCUUAGGCUCAAAUGCCCGAGAAGAGGGUAGUAUUCACUGCAAGCGAUGCCUUUUUAUGCCAAAGUCCUAUGAAGCUUUGGUUCAACAUGUCAUUGAAGACCAUGAACGCAUAGGCUAUCAGGUCACUGCCAUGAUUGGGCACACAAAUGUGGUGGUUCCCCGAUCCAAACCUUUGAUGCUCAUCGCUCCCAAACCUCAAGAGAAGAAAGGCCUGGGAAUCCAGUCAAGAAUUGGUUCCCUGGCUUCUGGAAACGUCCGAUCUUUGCCAUCACAGCAGAUGGUGAAUCGACUCUCAAUACCAAAGCCUAAUUUAAAUUCUACAGGAGUCAACAUGAUGUCUGGUGUUCACCUACAGCAGAAUAACUAUGGUGUCAAGUCUGUAGGCCAGGGCUAUGGCGUUGGUCAGUCAAUGAGAUUGGGUCUAGGUGGCAAUGCACCAGUUUCCAUCCCUCAACAGUCUCAGUCUGUGAAACAGUUACUGCCAAGUGGAAAUGGAAGAUCUUAUGGACUUGGGUCAGAACAGAGGACCCAAGCACCAGCCAGAUAUUCUCUGCAGUCUGCUAAUGCCUCUUCUCUCUCAUCGGGCCAAUUAAAGUCUCCUUCCCUCUCCCAGUCACAAGCAUCCAGAGUAUUAGGUCAGUCUAGUUCUAAACCACCUGCAGCUGCCACAGGUCCUCCUCCAUCCAAUACUUCUUCAACUCAAAAGUGGAAAAUAUGUACAAUCUGUAAUGAGCUUUUUCCUGAAAAUGUCUACAGUGUGCACUUCGAGAAAGAGCAUAAGGCUGAGAAAGUCCCAGCGGUAGCCAACUACAUUAUGAAAAUACACAAUUUUACUAGCAAAUGCCUGUAUUGUAAUAGAUAUCUGCCCACAGAUACCCUACUAAACCAUAUGUUAAUUCAUGGUUUGUCUUGUCCAUAUUGCCGUUCAACCUUUAAUGAUGUGGAAAAGAUGGCAGCACACAUGCGGAUGGUUCAUAUUGAUGAAGAGAUGGGACCCAAAACAGAUUCUACUUUGAGUUUUGAUUUAACAUUACAGCAGGGUAGUCAUACCAACAUCCAUCUCCUUGUAACCACAUACAAUCUGAGGGAUGCCCCAGCUGAAUCUGUUGCUUACCAUGCCCAAAAUAAUCCUCCACCCCCUCCAAAACCACAGCCAAAAGUUCAAGAAAAGGCAGAUAUCCCUGUUAAAAGUUCGCCUCAAGCUGCAGUGCCGUAUAAAAAAGAUGUUGGGAAAACCCUCUGCCCUCUCUGCUUUUCGAUCUUGAAAGGACCCAUAUCUGAUGCACUCGCACAUCACUUACGAGAGAGGCACCAAGUAAUUCAGACGGUUCAUCCAGUGGAGAAAAAGCUCACCUACAAAUGUAUCCAUUGCCUUGGUGUGUAUACCAGCAAUAUGACUGCCUCGACUAUCACUCUACAUCUAGUUCACUGCAGAGGUGUAGGAAAGACCCAGAAUGGCCAGGAAAAGACAACUGCACCCUCUCGCCUGAAUCAGUCUCCUGGCCUGGCACCUGUGAAGCGCACUUAUGAGCAAAUGGAAUUUCCCUUGCUGAAAAAGCGAAAGUUGGAUGAUGAUAGUGAUUCACCCAGCUUCUUUGAGGAGAAGCCUGAGGAGCCCGUUAUUUUAGCUUUAGACCCUAAGGGUCAUGAAGAUGAUUCCUAUGAAGCCAGAAAAAGCUUCCUAACAAAGUAUUUCAACAAACAGCCCUACCCCACCAGGAGAGAAAUUGAGAAGCUAGCAGCCAGUUUAUGGUUGUGGAAGAGCGACAUUGCUUCCCAUUUUAGUAACAAGAGGAAGAAGUGUGUCCGAGACUGUGAAAAGUACAAGCCUGGUGUGUUGCUGGGCUUCAACAUGAAAGAAUUAAACAAAGUUAAGCAUGAGAUGGAUUUUGAUGAUGAGUGGCUAUUUGAAAAUCAUGAUGAAACAGAUUCUAGAGUCAAUGCUAGUAAAACUGCAGACAAAAAGCUCAACCUGGGAAAGGAGGAUGACAGCUCCUCAGAUAGUUUUGAAAAUUUGGAAGAAGAAUCCAAUGGAAGUGGUAGUCCAUUUGACCCUGUUUUUGAAGUUGAGCCUAAAAUCCCUAAUGAUAACGCAGAGGAGCACAUAGCCAAGGUAAUUUCCGAGGAUGCUUUAGAAUCUGAGAAGCUAGACCAAAAAGAAGAAGAAGGUUCAAAGUAUGAAGCUAUUCAUUUGACUGAGGAACCAACCAAAAUACUGCAUGAUGCUUCUGAUAGUGAGGUAGACCAAGAUGAUGUUGUUGAGUGGAAAGAUGGUGUUUCUCCAUCUGAGAGUGGGCCUGGUUCCCAGCAAGUUUCAGACUUCGAGGAUAACACGUGUGAAAUGAAACCAGGAACCUGGUCUGAUGAGUCUUCCCAGAGUGAAGAUGCAAGGAGCAGCAGUAAGCCAGCUGCCAAAAAAAAGGCUACCAUGCAAGGUGACAGAGAGCAGUUGAAAUGGAAGAAUAGUUCCUAUGGAAAAGUUGAAGAGUUUUGGUCCAAGGACCAGUCCCAGUGGAAGAAUGCGUCUGAAAAUGACGAGCGCUUAUCCAAUCCACAGAUUGAGUGGCAAAAUAGCACAAUUGACAGUGAAGAUGGGGAGCAGUUUGACAACAUGACUGAUGGAGUAGCUGAGCCGAUGCAUGGCAGCUUAACUGGAGUUAAACUGAGCAGCCAACAGGCUUAAGUUGUCAGUUGCCCUGGUGUAAGUGACCUGCUGCAGCCUGGAACUCUGUUCUCCUUUCAGUAUGACUUCAAAGCUAUAUUCUAACUGGUACUGCCUUUUGAGUUCUGGGUCACCAGGCUGUGGGGACAUGUGGCCACUAUAAUGCCAGUGGUUAUUUCUAAGUCCUUGACAAAUGAUUGGUUAAUCUUGCUUCAGAAUUUGCUGUGACAGAGUAACUAAAUGUGAAAAACCAAUAAGCUGGUGGCUCACGAACGCACGAGGAAAAGCAGAGGUUUAUUUUAUCUGCCUUUUCAAUAUUUCCCUCUGUAAAAUGUUUGGUUGGAUGUCCAUGAAAAAUGUUUCCCUGAUUCACAUGGUAGUAUAGGGCCAACAUACAAGCUACCAGUCUAACAUGUAUAAUAGACUUUGGGAAAAUCAAUUUUUUCAUGUAUUCAUUCUGAAUAGUUGAAAUGUAAAUUUGUACAGUCUUUUAGACCUAUUCAAGUGAUGCUUAUGAUAUUGUUAUUGUGUACUCAUGAUAGCUUUUUUUUUCUUUUCUUUCUUUUUUUUUUUUUUUUUAGUGUUGCCCUUGCUGUGUAAUAAAUGCUAUAUCUAGUUUACCUAGCAAAAGCUUGAAACUGCGCUAGUAUGGACUUUUGAACAGACUUAGUUUUUGCACAUAACCUUGUACAAUCUUGCAACAGAGGCCAGCCACAUAAGAUAUAUAUCUGGACUCUCUUGUAUUAUAGAAUUUUUCUUGUUCUGAAUAUCCUUGACAUUACAGCUGACAAAACAAAAACUGGUAUUUCAGAUCUGGUUUCUGAAAUCUUUUAAGCUAAAAAUUCACAUGCAAGAAUUGACUUUACAGCUACUAAUUUUGACACCUUUUAGAUCUGUAUGGAAGUGUGUUGUGUUGAAGCAGCAAGCUAAUGAGUGCUGCAUUUUGGAUAUUUAGUUUUAUCUUUAGUUAAACACCACACUGGUGUAUUCAUUUAUACCAUCUAAUAUAUGACACACUGUUGUAGUAUGUAUAAUUUUGUGAUCUUUAUUUCCCUUUGUAUUCAUUUUAAGCAUCUAAAUAAAUUGCUGUAUUGUGCUUAAUGUAAAUAUUUGCUUUAUUACACAUUACAGUCAUCCUAUGUGCCCAUUAUAUUCUGUGCCCAUUGAUGCCAUGGCUUUCUUUUCAUGAUUGAUGGAAAGUGUGGGCAACCAAGAUAUUCCAUUGGCAUAAAUAAUGCAUUUCCAAGGCACUUGUUACAAACUUUUGUUUUCUUUUUUGCCUAAAUAAAGAUUCUUGAGUUUUUCAGUUCCCCUUUUGUUAAGGAGCAGAGCCUGCUUAUAUAUGUACAUGUCUCAGUGAUAAAAGGAUGUAAACAUAAAUUGGCAUUAAUUUGCCAGCAGAAUUCUCUUAAUUAGCCCUGGUGUUCUUUUUUCUAAAUGAAGUAAAUGUUUUCUCCAUACAGUGGGAACAAUUGUACUAAACAGACUACUUUUUGCUUUUGUUAUAAUUCUCUUGACUGUCUUACUAUUAAGGGGGGAAAUCAAGGCUUUGGAGAUCACACAUUUGAAGGGCUGUCAAGAUGAGAAGAGAUGGUAUAUUUGCUAUACAUAGGAUUCCUAAGAGCAAACUAAAGAAUGGAAAGUUACACAAGGAAGCAGAAUUAGACCGUUGUUUUUAAGAGUUAUAACAAUGAUGAGGUACUUCAUUCUGCAGAGGGCAGAAGCUGGUGAGUCGCUUCUCAGGGACAUUGGCUGAAAAAGUUUUGAAGUGGCUGAUUUCAAUGAUCUCUAAGACUCCAAAAGGCUUUCUCGGUAAUGGUUACUGUUAACUCGGGAGUAGAGAUUUGACCAACCUCACCCCAAAAAUGUUAAGUCAUGCUACUCAAAAACCAUACAGGAGAAAGUGUAAAAAUAGAUUUGAACCAUGAGAGUGUUUAGGACUGACAUGGACCUAUUUAAAUCUGUUAUACUGGUAGAGUAUAAAUUAAACGGAAACCAACUAAUACGUAGGGCAACAUGUCUCCAAAUUAAGAUACUACAUAUUAUCAAACCAGAAAAACUAGCAUUGAGGAAGUCUCUCUGAAUAAUAAAACCAGCAAAAUUUAAGCCAUCUCACUUGCUUGGAGAUUACUCUGCCUAAUUAAUGGGGGAGAAUUUAGCCGGGGGGGGGGUUCAUAUUCAUAGUCAUAUUCCUGGUUGGACAUUUGCACAGAGGCAGAUGAGUAUACUUCCUUGAUAGAGUAGUGUGGGUGGUAGGCCUUAACUUGGCAUUGAGAAAAGAAGUUGGCCACCUAGGAAUUGGAUAUAAAGAAGAUUCCCAACUGGAAAUGUUGCUGAAGCCCUAAAAGUGUCUCAAUAAAAGCCAUUUUUAAAGAA